AUGCCUGAUUCUCAAGUUGCGCCAUCCAGCGCAAUCGCUAAGCAGCAGGAACCUCUGAUCGUAAAUGGUGAUGUCGAGGCACAGGCACAGGCAAGGGCAAAAGGCAAGGUGUCGUACAGCAGCCUGCCCAACAAGAAACAACUUGCCAUAUUAUGUAUUGCACGAUUAGCAGAUCCUCUUGCCGCUUCUUCUAUCCAGACAUACAUGUUCUACCAACUCCGGUUCUUUAAUCCGUCAGCUUCUGAGGCUCUUAUCUCCACUCAGGCUGGGAUUAUCGUUGGAUCUAAAACUGCAGCACAAGUCUGCACUGGGAUGUUGUGGGGUCGUUUGGCGGAUUCUGAAUAUGGCGGACGGAAGACUGUGUUGAUGAUCGGGCUCAUUUGCUCUGGCAUCUCAUGCAUUGGAUACGGAUUAUCAAAAACAUUCGUCUCUGCUGUGGCGUGGCAAGUUUUUGGUGGUGCUAUGAGUAGCAACGUGGGGAUCGUGCGAUGCGUCGUCGCCGAACUGAACCCGGAAAAAAGGUAUCGAACACGAGCACUCCUACUUCUCCCUCUCUUCGCAAAUGCCGGAAUGUUACUCGGGCCACUUGUUGGCGGGUUACUGAGUUCGGAAAAUGGCAACGGAGUAUUAAAAGCAUUCCCAUACGCACCGCCAAAUAUCUUUGCCGCAGCAAUCUACACAAUCGCCGCAAUAAGCGUCUUCCUCGGCUUAGAAGAAACCCUAGAGCAUUUCAAACACCACGAAGGAAGCAUAAUCCAACGGCUCUGGAAGAAGGUCACCACUCGAAGCCACACCCCCUCUCACGGCUACACCGUGAUUGAUUCCUCCGAGCCCAACUCCCCCGAAUCAACCGUCACGCUCGUCAACUUCCCCGAACCUUCCUCCAAUUCCAACAGUGGGGCCUCGAAACCCAAAGCUCGACUUCCCUUCCGCCGCAUCUGGACCUGGAACGUCCUCUGCACAAUGCUCGCACACUUCAUCAUAGCCGGGCACAUCGCGACCUUCACCAACCUCUGGGCAAUCUUUCUCAGCACGCCCCUCUCCGAUCCAAAAACCCAGCACGCACCCUUCCAGUUCUCCGGCGGUCUAUCAAUGCAACCCCGCGAAGUAGGUUUUGCGAUGUCUACCCUCGGUGCUAUCGGUGUUACGCUCCAGCUUGUGAUUUACCCCAUGCUUAAUGACAGGUUUGGCACGAUCCGGAUCUGGAGAGCGGCGUUGUUUGUCUUUCCGGUUGCGUAUGCUCUGGCGCCGUUCCCGGCACUGAUCGGCUCGUUAGAAAUAACGUCUGUUUCGGGGAGAGCAAUUAUCGUUUGGAUAUCCGUAGGCUUUGUGCUCCUUCUUUUCGUCGUUGGGAGGACGGGCGUCACACCUGCUACCACGCUGCUCAUCAAUGAUUGCACGCCUCAUCCUUCUGUGCGCGGAACGAUCCAUACCGCAGGCACAGUGAUUGGGAAUUUGAGUCGGUCGUUCUUUCCGGUUAUUGCGUUUGCAAUUUUUGGGAAGGGAUUGGAGGUGGGUGUUGUGGGGUUGGGGUUUUGGUGUUUGGCCUGCUUAGGGAUUUUGGCUUGUGUGGCGAGCAGGUGGGUGGAGCAGGGGUCAAAUGGGAGGGAGAUCGUGCUUGAGGGGGAGGAGCCGGUGCAGGAACAGCAGACGUCUGGAAAUGUUGGACAUAAAAAUGGAGGGAAGUAGAGAGGCACGAAUUAACCGAGCGGGGAAAAGGGGCCAGACCGCGAAAGAGGCGCUCCCAGAUCAUGGUAAUCGCUAGGGAUAGCUAAAUUGAUAUUGCG